AUGAAAAUGGAAAGCCGAAAUCACGGAGAUCGCGGAGAAAGCAAUCUUAAUAGCAAACUCGCGGAUUGCCUGGAGCCAAUACAGUCAUGUGUCUCAAAUGCGAACAACGCAAAUACAUGUGCUACGAAUAAAGACCAAGGACGAGGCAACAUUGAUGCAGAGAGCGUAAAACGAACUGUUGCACAGUUGAAGACAAGUGUGGGCGAGAUUUCGCGUGUAGUGUGCGCGCAAGCGUCUACUGGAGAGGGAAGAAUUUUGAAGGAGAUCCGCGAUAUAAAAAUGCAAUUAUGUGAUUUAAAUAAGAAUUUGCGAGGGCAAGUGAACAGCACGGCAGAUGGGAGUGCACCCACUACUGAAAAUAUAACCCAGAACGAUCAAACAGAAAGUGCUGCUCCAAAUGAGGAAGUAGUGGAUGCUCCAGAGCCUACUGAUACCAAUCUAGUUGGUAAUCCUACGCUGAUAAACAUGCAAGAGACAGUGAGGACACUUCAGUGUAAACGGGAUGAAAUUUCAUCUGAUGAGAUCAAUGAAAUGUUAACUUCGGUGCUAAAUGAUAUAUACAAACUCUUGGGUUCGCAAGGGAAUGACGAAGUGGGUAAGGAGCCGAUAGAUGAAGAAAAUAAAGCUGUAGACUGUGCUACAGACCAAGAGCCACUUAAGCCCACCUCCCAAUUGAACAAAGCAUCAGCAUGCCUUCAAAAACAAAUUAAAUGUAUCAAAUCAGAUGCGACAUUUCAAGACUGUGAUCUCGAAUCAAGCAUACGCUGCACAUUGGCGAUGCUGAAGGAUAUUAUUUCAACAGAUCGUCCGGAUUCAAAUAAAUUAGGAAAAAUUAAUAAGACGCUGAAGUCCCUUGCCUGUGAACUAAAUAGACAGGGUGGAAAAGGCUCACAAAUAGCAGCUGAGAUAAAUGAACUCCAAAAAUUCAUGCUAAACAAUGGGGAAUCGAAUGCCAAUCCGAACAACCCUAACAACUCCGAUCAAUGCUGUGCCGAUCUGUCCGAAACACUGCAAAUGGCUCAGAUUAUUAAGCAACUUCAGGGGAUCGUUCAAUGCAGCCAACCAGAUACAGCAUUCCCGGAUUGUGGAUUUGAAGCCAAUCUUUCAUUCCUAAUGGACAAGUUGAUGGAAAUUAUUCAAUCAUAUGGGUGCAAUUCCAAGCCGCUGGAGGAGAUAACAAAACUGAUGACAUGCCUCGAAAGCGAAGUGUGCAAACAGCGUCCAUGCGAGUCUGAAGUCGUAGCGAAAAUCCAUGAGGUCCAGCAAAUGCUCAACCCGAGUGACCAGUGCUAUUCCAACCAAUUUGACGCGUGCCAAACCAAUGCCAACCAAUGCGGGGCCUCACUACAGGCGACACCUGAACUGUGCAAUAUUAUAAAGCAAAUGCAAAACCUCAUCAAGUGCCUCAAACCGGAUGCGCAAUUCUCGGGUUGUGACUUACAGUCGACUAUUAUGUGCAUGCUGGGGAUUCUGAAGGCAAUCAUUCAGUGCGCGGAUUCUAGUGCACUGGAGAGGAUAACAAAUAUGUUGAAGUGCUUGGAAAGGGAACUUUGUAAACAGUCUGAAGCUGCAUCAGCGCUUUUAUCGAAGGUGCGUGAGAUUCAACAAAUGCUAAACAGGGGAAAUGGAUGCGGCGGCUCCAAUCAGCAACACGGUGCCUUCCAAUGCGGUAACGAUCAACGCGGUUCUUCUCUAAAGCCAACACGUCUUUUGACUUGCUUGGUCAAGCACAUUCAAAAUGUCAUCCAGUGUGUGAAACCAGACCUGCAAAUCCCAAAUUGUGACUUAGAAUCAACUCUCCUAUUCUUACUUAACCAACUGAAGGAAAUUAUUCAGUCAGGAUCCGCCAAUCCCAAGGCCUUGGAGAAGGUUCCAAAGAUGAUGCACUGCCUGGAAUCAGAGUUGUACAAUCAGGGUCAAGGUAAAUCCGCUAUUGUAGCAAAAGUUCGUGAAAUUCGACAGUUGCUGAAUGGUGGAUCGAGCUGUGGGCCCUCGAACAGGCAAUCCGACGUUAACCAAUGCGGUACCACACUACAAGCGACACCUGAACUAUGUAAUAUUAUAAAGCAAUUACAAAGUCUCAUCAAAUGUCUUAAACCGGAUGCACAACUCGGUGGUAGUGACUUACAAUCUACUAUCAUGUGCAUACUGGAAGCUCUAAAGAUGAUCAUUCAGUGUGCCGAUUCCAGUGCACUGGAGGGAGUAGGAACUAUAUUGAAGUGCUUGGAAACUGAACUCUGUGAACAGCGUGAAGCCUCAUCGGAGCUUUUAUCGAAGAUGCGUGAGAUUCAACAAAUGCUAAACAGGGGAAAUGGAUGCGGCGGCUCCAAUCAGCAACACGGUGCCUUCCAAUGCGGUAACGAUCAACGCGGUUCUUCUCUAAAGCCAACACGUCUUUUGACUUGCUUGGUCAAGCACAUUCAAAAUGUCAUCCAGUGUGUGAAACCAGACCUGCAAAUCCCAAAUUGUGACUUAGAAUCAACUCUCCUAUUCUUACUUAACCAACUGAAGGAAAUUAUUCAGUCAGGAUCCGCCAAUCCCAAGGCCGUGGAGAAGGUUCCGAAGAUGAUGCAAUGUCUGGAAUCCGAGUUAUACAAUCAGGGUCAAGGUAAUCCUACUCUUGCAGCAAAAGUUCAAGAGAUUAAACAGUUGCUGAAUGGUGGAUCGAGUUGUGGGACCUCGGGUGGACAAGCCGAUGUUAACCAAUGCGGUACCUCAUUAAAGGCGACACCUGAGCUAUGCAGAAUUACAAAUCAGUUGCAAAGUCUCAUCAAAUGUCUUAAACCGGAUGCACAACUCAGUGGUUGUGAUUUACAGUCGGCUCUCAUGUGCAUGCUGGAGACACUGAAGACGAUCAUUCAGUGCGCGGAUCCUGGCGCAGUGGAGAGGAUAGGAACUAUGUUGAAGUGCUUGGGAAGUGAACUCUGCAAACAGUAUGAAGCUGCAUCAGCUCUUUUAGCCAAGGUGCGUGAGGUUCAACAGCUGCUAAACCAAGGCAGUGCGUGUGGAAGCUCAAAUCAGCAACGUGGUGCUGGUCCCUGCGAUUCAUCAUCACUCAGAGAGACACCUAAUCUGCGCUGUUUGGUGCCAGAACUUCAAAAGAUUGUCCAAUUCCUGAAACCAGACAUUCGAUUUAAGAGUUGUGAUUUAGAGUCAACAAUUUUGUGCUGCCUAAAAAUUUUGCAAGACAUUCUCCAAUGUCAAGGUCUCCAGCCAUCUGUUAUGGGGAAGCUUAAGAAAAUUUUGGAUUCCCUUGAAUGUGAGGUGUGUGAGCAGGGCCUAUUUCAAUCGAAUCUUUUGACUUCCAUCUGCGAGGUCAAGCAAUUGGUCUGUAAUCAAAAAUCUGGUUCUGAACAGGUAUGUGGUGGUGAAAGCUUGGAAGAUGUUGUCGGAAGGACUGUGAAAACAAUGGACGAAUGCAUUCGAGAAUUGGAAUAUGUUCUCCGUGAUUUCGUGGGCAAUGACACAUGUGGGCAAAACGAUAGAGACUUUUGCUUCAAUGGGAAUAACAACUUUCAGAAAAGAGACGACUUGCUUUUUCCCCAGAAUUGA